GCUGUUCAGCCUUUUUUUUUUACUAUUUCUUGCUCACACUGACGGUUUGGUAUGCGUGUGCCUAAGCCGUGUGCGUGUUGUGUGAGCGAAAAUACGAAUGAAAUGGCAAAAUUUCCGCCGGCCCACGCGGCAUACAUACAUGCAUGCGGCAUGUCCAUGCUUGGGGCGUAUAAAUACGGUGUGGCCGCUGCGCCUUUCCUUCACCCUUGCUCUGCCCAUUAUACCACAAAAACGCCCUGGCUCUCCCUCCUCCACUCCAAUCAAAACUCAUAUUGGCCUUUUCUUUCUUUCUUUCCUCUGUUUCUAUUCAAUUUCAAAACAUUCGCUUUCUUUAUUCCAUCCGUUUUAUAAUUAGGCAUUUUCGCCCUAUUAUCUGAAUUGACUUUUGCCAUCAUCUUCUCUAUCCUUUUCUCUCUUCUUUCAGCAAGAGCAGCGUACAAACUCACACACAUAUCAGCUACACCAAAAGAGGCAAGUACUCUAUGCCAUUUUUCUCCAAAAAAGAUAACCAAUGCGCUUUAUGCACACACCCCC